CAAAAACUCAUCAGUCAGAAUGCGAUUGGAUUUGGGCUCAGUCUCGUGUGUGCAGCUCGUUCGACUGGUUCUCGGCCAUGUGACGCUCUGUGAGCGAUCAACGGGCCCCAUUCUGUGCACUCAUCAAAUACAACAACCAUCCAUCUAUCAACUGUUUUGCAUACCUGUGCUCUACACUCGACCAUCAACGACUGUUGGGAUUGAGAAGAUGAUGCGCUGGGUGUUGACGUUGGGGCUGUUGCUUCUGUUGCUGUCUGCCACAGCUCUGGCCGUUAGCUGCUAUGAAUGCGAUUCUGUCAACGAUUCGAAUUGCGGCGAUGAUUUUCAGCCCGAUGACAUUGCCACAACGGACUGCGAUUCAAUGGAGCUGCCUGAAGAAUUGCGUCCCUUCUAUCUACAACGCCCAGACACAGCGUGCCUCACCAAAUACUACAAGGGCUCAACUGAUGAAUCGUUGUUUGUGCGUCGCUCCUGCGCCUUUGGUGAUUUGUCUGUCUGCGAUGAGCAGCCGGAUUCGGUAAUGCCGCAACUCAACUUUCUUGGGUGUGUCUUCUGUCAUAAGGAUUUGUGCAAUUUGAGCACGCGAAGCACGUUUGCCUCCAGCUCAAUUAUGGGCGUAAUACUUGUUUUUCGGGCAUUAUUCAUAAACUAAAUUUGAUAGUUAAGAAGAAAAUUUCAAAUUUUUUUGCAACAUUUUAAUUUUAUUUUUAUUUUUUAUACAUCCACUAAAAUGAUUUAACAUACAUAUAUAUAUAUGUAUAUAUAUGUAAUAAUAUAUCUUUUCAUUUUAAAUAUAUAAUAUAGAAUUGGGCAUA